GGAUCCCUUGGUUUGUUCAGCGGUUGUUUGUCGCCAGUCUGACCGUGGCGGGAGCACCGUGAGUCCGCUGUGAAGAACCCGAAAAAAUCCUGUUUGGAUCCCAAAUCUCGGGCAGGGAGAGCCUUCAGCCUCAGCCUCAGCCAUGGAGGGCGACUGCCUCAGCAGUAUGAAAUACCUCAUGUUCAUCUUCAACUUCUUCAUCUUCCUCGGUGGCUCCUUACUGCUGGGCGUUGGUGUUUGGGUGUUGGUGGACCCGAUGGGCUUCAGGGAGAUCGUGGCAGUCAACCCCCUGCUGUUCACCGGGGUCUACGUCAUCUUGGCCAUGGGAGGCCUGCUGUUCCUGCUGGGCUUCCUGGGCUGCUGCGGAGCCAUCCGCGAGAACAAGUGUCUGCUGCUGUUUUUCUUCAUGCUCAUCCUCUUUAUCUUCCUGGCGGAGCUGGCAGCUGCCAUCCUGGCGUUCCUCUUCAGGGAGCACUUAACCAGAGAGUACUUCAGCAGGGAGCUGAAACGCCACUAUCAAGGCCGCAACAACACCGACGUCUUUACGUCCACGUGGAACGUCAUCAUGACCACGUUCGACUGCUGCGGCACGAUCAGUCCUGAGGACUUUGAGGAGAGCCUCUUCAGGCUCCUCAAUCCAAACAAGAUGGUUCCUGAGGCCUGCUGCCAGGUAAACGGGUACCUCAAAGAGGUCGACUUGGAGCAGUGCGUGAGCGGCGGCGUGGCGUUCCGACACAACAAGGGCUGUUACUCAGCGAUGGUUGAAUACUUCCAGACGUAUAUCUACUCUGCUGGAGCUCUGGCCAUUGUGGUGCUAACAAUCGAACUCUUUGCCAUGGUGUUUGCCAUGUGUUUAUUCAGAGGCAUCCAGUAACCUCCACCUCCUCUUCAUCCUCCUCCUCAGCAGCAGCAUUCAGGAGGAAAGCAGACUGUACAGUUUGAGAUGAUUUGUACACUUUUGGUUUCUGUGUGGUUGGUUUUGUGAUCAGCAACGUUCUGGAUGUUCGAACUCCUGCUUUGGUCCUGAUGGACCAGAAACGGCUUCAGUUCAGGGAAACAACCAUAAUGUAAAAUUUCCCUGGGAUCAGCACAGGAACCCAGCAGGGUUCACUCCUAGGAUCGCAAUUAAAACAUGUGAUUUGAAGUUCAGGAUGGUCAGCGAUGGCAGUCUGAAGCUGCUCAUGCAAAGUUACAUUAAAAUGAAUCAGAUUUUUGUCAUAUUGAUGUCAUCUGAACAGAGUAAACAGACGUAUUUAUAACAGUUUUGAAUGAAAACAAACAUGAGCUCAGUUUUAGUUCUUGCAUCACUGCUUCUGCAUCAUGAGACAUCAAUGAGACGUUUUCACUGAAAAACAGACAAGAAGUGGCUCCCCCUUGUGGCGGAGGGCAGAUUGUUGUCCAUAACUCCUCUGACACUGUAGACUUUAUUACAGUUCGUCAAUAAAAGCAGAAUGUGUUGUUGUAAGUAAACAAGUGUUUAAUAUUUAAGUUGGUAAAUCAAUCCAACACUGUGUGCAGCAGCUGUACUUUUCUCUGUGAUCAGACUGAUUUCUUCUGUAACGUUUUAGUGGCUAAUGUUCAAUAAAGUCAUAUUCUUUGUGCUUUUA